ACGUGUUAAACUGACACACACACACUCACAAAAGAGAUCGAUUUUACCUCAAUUUUCUCAAAUGGCUCCGGCAACGAGAACCAGGUCUAUCAAUAAAUCCGACAGUGCUCAGUUACGGUUGUUGAGGAAAAACUCCAAAAAAGAGCGAACACCAAAGACAGUACAAAACAAAGACCCGGUGUCUGCAUCCCGAGCGAAUGCUGUCAUUCCUGGCGUUGAUACGGCGCUUAAAGCAUUUCUUAGUGCUCGAUUUUGUGCAGCAUUAUGGGCACAUGUAAGCGACUGCGAUGAGACGUUUAACUAUUGGGAUCCGCUUCACUAUCUGAUCUACGGACGAGGAUUGCAGACGUGGGAAUACAGUCCCGAAUUUGGGCUACGUUCCUAUGCGUACCUACUGGGUCAUGGUGUGCCGGCAUGGUUCUACAAUUGUCUGUUCAAACCGAAUCCGAUGCUCGUGUUUUAUAUGAUUCGAUGUAUGUUAGGACUGGGCUGUGCAUUUGUCGAAGUGUACUUCUACAAGGCAGUCUGCAGAGAAUUCGGCAUACAAAUCGGCCGCUUAUGGUUGAUUUUUCAACUGUUUAGUCCGGGAAUGUUUAUUGCUAGCACGGCAUUUCUACCCAGUUCGUUUGCUAUGUAUUUCUGCAGUGCUUCAUUGGCCGCUUGGUGGCACCAGAAAUACAAUUUGGCUGUGUACUUUGUCGCAAUUGCUGCAUUACUCGGCUGGCCAUUUGCCGUUCUAACUGGCCUACCACUUUGCUACGACAUGGUGGUUCGUCAGAAGAAACUCAAAAGAUUCGUCAUUUGGACGGUAAUAUCAGCAGCAACCAUCCUGAUCCCAAUGACAUUGAUCGAUUCGUCAUAUUUCGGUCGGAUUGUCGUAGCACCACUCAAUCUCAUCAUGUACAACGUUUUCACAUCACACGGACCCAAUCUGUAUGGAACGGAACCGCUGUCCUACUACUUGAUCAAUGGUUUUCUGAACUUCAACGUUAUUUGGUUGCUUGCAUUGAUCACACCGAUAAUGCUUCUGUUGGGAUACUAUUUCGUGCCGGCUAAGUCGAAGUCCACAUUCUAUCUACCACCGUGGCUAAGUCUUUCACCAUUCUAUUUAUGGUUGCUGGUGUUCCUACUACAACCGCACAAGGAGGAGCGCUUUUUGUAUCCGGUCUACCUAAUGGUCGGACUGUGCGGCUCCAUUUCACUGGAUGUCGUCCAAAAAUUAUUCUUUCGAAUUAAAACAUGGCACAGUGCUCUGCCACCGGGAACGCAUUACCUCGAUCACACCAUGUGGAUAUCAGCCAUCGUUAUGAUCGUAUCAACCACCUUAGGUCUGUCACGCAUUGUUGCUUUGUAUUACAAUUACCACGCACCACUGGAUUUGAUGAUGGAAUUGAACACUUUCUAUCGAACGGACAGCACAUUCAAGACGAGCGCUACAUACAACGUUUGUGUGGGCAAAGACUGGUACCGUUUCCCGAACAGUUUCUUCCUGCCAUCCGAACAGUUUCGAAUAAGAUUCCUGAAAUCCGAAUUCAAAGGAAUCUUGCCGGCCUAUUUCAGCGAACACGAAAAUGGUACGGCCAUCGUGCAUCCGUACUUCAACGAUAUGAAUCGCGAGGACGAGGCUAUGUACUUCGACUACGAGAACUGUCAUUUCAUCUUUGAUUUGGAUGUGGAACGGUAUAGUGAUUUGGAACCGAAUUACGCAGGCCGAACGAAAGAGUGGACGGUGUUGAAGAGUCUGCAGUUUGUGAACAGUGCUGAAUCGCAUCCGCUGUUUCGAUCAUUUUAUGUGCCAUAUUUUUCCAACUUGUACGUGACCUACGGGAAUUUCAAUUUAUUGCAGAGAAAGUCGACAUCGAAAGUAAUCGGAAAUGAGAACAAAAGAAAACUGAAGUGAGUGCAGCAUGGGGUGUUUAGUGCGCCUAGGAAGCGAAGAAAAAAAAACUAAUCAAAAAUUGACAAAAAGCAAAUCAACGACAUUUUUGAAUUGAAUUACCGAUACUCUGAAACCGUUUGCCUAGAUUCGAAAAGGUUCAAGUACUUACAACUGAUCUCUCUGUUUGCUUUGGAUUUGGUUUCGAGUUAUCGAACAACGAAUGUACUGAUUUUGCUUCGUUUCGGACCUGAUUUAGAAAUUGAUUUCAAAUUUAGCCAGAAAGUUAUUUAGGUGUUCAAUUGGCACAUGAAAAAUACUCAGGGAAAUGGUGGUGACCACGUAAGCGUAGUGUUUUUUUUGUAAAGUCUUUUGUUCAAACAACCCAAAGAUAAUUAAAAUCAUCAAUUU